UAAUCCUUUAAACUUACACAAGUGUGGUUUGGUUGGAUAUGGAAGAGACGCCGAAUAGAACAAGUCACCAUUGUUUUUUACAGCAACACUUGGCAGGUUCUUAGAAAAUUAAGCCGGCCCCUCACACCCCUAAAUAACUCCCAAACACUUGAUUUGCUUUCAUGGCUUUUCCUUCAAAACCAAAACCCACCCACAGGUGAAGGAAGCAAGAUACGAUGGACAGGCUCAUAAAGGUAGACCCAACAAACACGGUCCCAAUAAGAAUCGAAGCAGGGCAAAAGUGCCAGGGCAAAAUCACCCUUCGCAACGUCAUGUACACGAUGCCCGUCGCGUUCCGCCUUCAGCCACUCAUCAAGACGCGGUACACGGUGAAGCCCCACUCGGGAAUCAUAUCGCCUCUAGCAACAAUCAGCAUCGAGAUCGUCUACAGUCUCCCAGGCGGGUCCACUCUCCCCCACUCGUUCCCCCACUCGGAGGACUCGUUUCUCCUCCACAGCGUGGUGGUUCCCGGCGCCACCGUGAAAGAGCCCUCCUCCAUGUUCGAGUCGGUCCCCAGCGAGUGGUUCACGGCCAAAAAGAAACAAGUGUUCAUCGACAGCGGCAUCAGAAUCCUCUUCGUGGGGUCGCUCGUCCUGGCCCAGUUGGUCCAAGACGGGUCCAUGGACGAAAUCAGGGAAGUCCUGGAACACAGCGACCCCACGUGGAAGGCCGUUGACUCCGUUGACCCCAACGGUGACACGCUCCUCCACGUGGCAAUCUCCCGAAGCAGACCCGAUCUGGUUCAGUUACUCCUGGAAUUCAACGCGGACGUAGAAGCAGCGAACCGUUCCGGUUUGAGUCCGCUAGAAUCGGCGUGUUCCUCGGGGGAGGAAUUAAUCGUGGAGCUUCUACUAGCUCACAAGGCAACGACGGAGAGAAAGGAAUCAUCAGCGUUUGGAGCGAUUCAUCUGGCAGCGAGGGAAGGACACGUGGAGGUUUUGAGGCUGGUGUUGCUAAAAGGCGCGGACGUUGACUCGUUGAGCAGGGACGGAACGACGGCGUUACACGUGGCGGUGAAGCGAGGGGAGAGAGAGUGCGUGAGGUUGUUGUUGGCGAACAAUGCGAGGUUGGAUAUUCGCGACUCGCGAGAUGGCGACACGUGUGUCCACGUGGCAGCGGGGAUGGGGGACGAGAGCAUGGUGAAGUUGCUGUUGAAGAAGGGGGCGAACAAGGACGUGAGGAAUUACCUAGGGAAGACGGCGUAUGACGUGGCGGUGGAGAAUGGGGCGACGCGCGUGCUGGACGCGCUGCGGCUGGGGGACGGGCUGUGCGUGGCGGCGAGGAAGGGGGAGGUGAGGAGCAUGGAGAGGGUGAUCGAGAGUGGGGCGGCGGUGAACGGGAGGGACCAGCACGGGUGGACGGCGUUGCACAGGGCGUGUUUCAAGGGGCGCGUGGAGGCGGUGAGGGCGCUGCUGGAGAAGGGGAUAGAGUUGGAGGCGCGGGAUGAGGAGGGGUACAGCGCCCUGCACUGCGCGGUGGAGGCGGGGCAUGCUGACGUGGCGGAGGUUUUGGUGAAGCGAGGGGUGGACGUGGAGGCCAGGACGAGCAAGGGCGUUACGGCGUUGCAGAUCGCUGAGGCCUUGGGCUAUGUUGGGUUUGCCAGGGUGCUUGGAGUUCGACACGUGGCGGAGCCUCACUGGAGGAACAAGGUUGGCAGGAGGAGACAGAUUCCGGGUAGCUUUCACCCUUCUAUGCCUUUGCCUCUUCUGCUCUAGCCUCUUCCCUCCCAGACCUUUUUUAAAAAUAAUAUUAAUUCUAAAUUUAAGUUCAAAUAAACGUGCUAUAAAAUGUGUACACCAUUACUUAACUCUACAAGGUUCAACUGAGUGAUUUAUAAAGUACAGUGCAGGAUAAUUUAUGAAAAGUUUUUUCAAGGUCCAUUAUAAUAAUAAAAUAAAUGUGGUUGAGAAUUGAGAUAGUUAAUUUAUAAUUUGACCCAAAAAAAAGUUAUGCAC